AUGACACUUGUGUGUCUUAAUUCCUCUCUCAAUCCCUUGAUCUACUGUUGGAAGAUGAGACACAUUCGACAAACUGUUAUGGGCAUACUUCGAAAUGUCAUUGCAAUUGGUCCCCACUAAAGAAAGGAUCUACUCAGAAUAAUUUAACCUUUUACUCUCUGGUAAGAAUAAAAGCUUUCAAGCAAUACAAUUGGAAAAAAUGACAAUAAAUAUAAACGGGACCUGAAACCUUUGAAAGGCAAAGGGAUAAGUAUAUGAUCGAGUAUAGGUUCAUGAGAUUUCGGUUUGCUUUGGAAUAACUAUAAUUACAAAUAAUACGGAAACUCUGAAAUAUCAUUUAUCAAAGUCAGAAAGAAAGAAAUGUGUUGAAGACUGGUAAGAAUAUACCUUUUAAUCAGGGUUUUUAAUUUGUCGAUCCCAAACAUGACUAAUAAGAUCACUGCAUUUGAAAGUUUCAGAAUGGGAUCUGAGAAAUAGCUCUCCUGACAUCGCAACCGAUUGGAACAAAUGAUCGAUAGCUAAAUGACAUCAUAAUACUUUAAAAUACCAUAAUAGAACCAGAAAGCCGAUAUAAUAUGGUUCCAAUAUCAAGCAAAGAGCUUCUUGCCCUGAGAUUAAAAACUUAGAACCAUAAUGUUAGACGAAACAAUUAAGUAUUAAGGCCCAGGGUUGAACAGAAGAACGCAGUUUCGUCAUGUCCCAGUUGAACGUCUUGCAAGCAACUCUCGGUACGUGCGUGAGAGUAAUUUUUAUUUAGAAAGAGCGAGUCCAAAAGAGUAAUUAUUGUCACCAAUGAUGUAUAACAGAGCAACAGCAUUAACAACGUGAAAAUGAAAAAAAUAAAUGACAAAAUCGUGUAUUUUUCACUAUUCUUAAACUAAAAUGUGUUUUCUCCUACACAUUGUUUUUCCUGUUCGGUGGUUACGAGCGCUCUUUCAUAAUCAUGAAAGUUCCCCCACAAUUUCCGUUUUAAGGGAGGGAGGGAAGGAAGAAACACAGAUAGUUAUUUUUUCACGCUGAAACUGAAGAGUAUAUUCUUUUCUUGUCUACGCAUUCUUUUUCUUGUUUGAAGCUGAUUAGGAGCGGUCGUCCAUAAUCAUGACAGUUCUUCAACAAUCUCUGGGGGAAACGGUAUCCUCUUGUUUUUCUACUACCCAUUCACUGAAUUGUGAGCAAUAUUGAACUUUCAUUAUAAUAUUAAACUGAAGCCGAAACCGGAGUUAAUAUGACUUAAGUUUUGGCAGCUGCCUCGGAUGAGUUAAAUCAACACGAACUAUUAGGUUAAUAAGGCGUAACAACAACAACAACCAUUGUAUUCCACAGGAAAAAGUUUACAAAUAAUAAAUUAAAGUAAACUGAAAAAGAAAUAUUUCACACAACCUGCAGUUAGCUUAAGCUAAUCGAGGCAGGAAGUGUUUUCGAUACAUCUUCAAUGAAAUGAAAUUUGAAACAUAACUUCGAAGUCGAUUGCAGUUUAGACUACAAGGGAUAUUUAAAACAUGCUGAUCAUUUGUUUUUAACUGAUUAAACUUUCACAUACAGAACUGGAUGAUUUAUUAAGUAACUACCUACUGUGUCUGUUUUUUUUUUAAAGGUAAUACCGUCUUUUCUCUCAUCCUCCGACCCGUCUUAGAUCAGUACAUGUGCAUAAUUUUUGCUUGGGUCAAGCAAAAACGUUGGAUUAUUCUCCAAACUAAUGGUCCGCAUUUCCUCUAAACCAUUGCGAAACUCUUCCUGUUUGACUGUGUAUUUACGAUUCACUGCAAACCAGCUGCCUUUUCUACUUUAAUAUUGCAUCAGUAGUUUCAAAUAACUUUCUACCAUUUGACUGACAAACUUCAACUCUUACAAAGCUCGACUUAUCGCGUUUCGGUUAAAAAGGAAAUGAACUCAAAUUUCUGUGGCAAAACUAGUCAAUACAAAAAUAUCGUGAUAAAUUCUUUCUUUUUUAAAAUAGGAAGAAAAAAAUAGCAAUAUUCAGCCUGGGCCAGGAAAACAACAUUCUUUUUAAAAAGAAAGAGGGUGUGUCAAACUGAAGAAACUGGAGCUAAUAAGACUUACCUCUUAUUAGCUGCCUUAAAGUUAAUAAAGGAUAGUGUAUUUUUUUUGAAUACAUUUUCAUACUUUCCAAGUUGAUUGAAGUUUAAGGCACAUUUUGCUUUUUGCAACAUGAUUACUCAUCGAACUGUGCCGUCAUGAUACGUAGAUAUUCCGAUCAUUUGCUUUUGACACAUAUUAAGGACCGGAUGAUCUAUUAGGUAACUAGGCUACUGUGUCUUUGUUUUCAGCGCGCCAUAAGUUUUUGUUAUGGUUUAAGAGUUUUUUCUCUCUUCAUCUCCUCACACUCUUUGGGUCGCGCGUGACCAUGUAGUUUAUCAUUGAAAAAAUGUGUGCAUGAGUCCAGGAAAUACAUUGCAUUGGUUUGCGACUUAAAAGCCUGUUUUCUCCUCAAGUAUCGCUAACUCUUACUGUUUAACUGUGUAUUUUGCGAUUCAUAGGAAACCAACUGCCGUUUCCAUUUUAAUAAUGCGUCAGUAGUUUCAAACAACUUUCUUCUAUUUAACUGACGAACAAAGCUCGACCUAUCGCAUUUCAUUUAAAAUGAAAAUAUAUUCAAAUUGCUCUAUGAUGAUGAGGACGUCACAUUUAAAUUUUAAAUUCCAGGUUCAGACAAGCACAGUUUUAAUUUCAAUUAAGGCCAGUUUGUAUAUUAUAAGUAGGAGUUAGGGAAUUUUUUUACUAUUGUCGCGGAAGACGCCAUAGUACCAAAGUUAAAAACCAAUUGCCAUCAGAGGAGGAAGAGAAUCUCUCGAGAAUAUUCGGUAAGUCUCGUAAAGAAUUAUUUCCAGCAUCAGUCUCUUCUUGCAGAAUUCCUCAAAAGUUCUACACAGCUGCUAAAACUUAAGACUGUAUAAAACUUUCCAUUCUAUCCUCCAAAGCAAUGAAGUUCCUCUCACAGAUUUUACUUAAACUUAACGGACAUCGAUCGUAGCACUUAUUGGAGGAAAAACCGGAGGAAAAAGCCCCCGUAAACGAUUUUGGAAGAAAAGUUCCCAGUGCCGAGAAAUACAGCUGCAAGUAAAGUAGCUAAUGUCGUCAUUUUGUUGCUAUGACAACUCCGAUGUCAUUGUAAUCCUCACCAUAACAAAUUUUCAACUUUCAACACUUACAAAGCUCGGCCAUUCGCGUUUCGUUUAAAAUGAAAAUAAAUCUAGGUUUUCGUGUAAUGAUUUUGUCAUAUUCAAAUUCUUUUUAUUUCAAAUAAGUGGAUAUUUCGGAUGUUAUGAGUAUGGGAUACUGGGAACUUCUUGCGAUUGUAAACUUUAUUGACUCACUAAAUUUCAGUCUCAUCCAUAAAAGAAAACACUCGCAGAGCUCUUCAAAAGUUAUACAGCUACAGACUGUAGCGUACCUGUACACGUAGGCAGCAACAUGCGUUUGCUGGUACCGUCGGAGUCAAGCCAUUCCGUUCACCAAAAAUAUUUGUUCAUGACUGUGUGUCAGGAAUGGUGUAUUUGACUAUUAAAAGGACAAAAAACAUUGUAGUUAAUUUUUUUUGUGACUUCUGAGCAACGGAGGAGGCGAUGUUUUAACAAACACAGCUCUUAAAGGUCACUCAAGUCAAGUCAACUUUAUUCCCUCAGGCAGGGCAGCCCUAUCAGCCAUUGGCCGGUAUCAAAAAGGGGCCCCCUACAGUCGUCGUGAAGGAUUAUAUCGGGUUUUUAUUGUCGGCGGGUCUAAGCUUUUUGCCAUAGAUUUUUGCAAAAAAUACUACAUAAUAAAUGAAUAAAUGAAUAAAUAAAUAACAAAAAACCUCGCCCAAAAUAAAAAAAUAAAAUUAAAGAAUCUAUGUUUCCGCGAUUCCUAAAAACACCUGUUUGGGCUCAAUAAAUUUAGAUUGGACUUGAUGUCAAUAUAUUUGCAUAAUGAUUCCUUUAAUAAGUUUCUUUGUCCCAAUUAGUUUGCAACAGUUCUUGUCAGCCACUUUUUAGCUAGAAUACUAAAUAGGUUCUUUCUAUUCAUUAUAUCAUUAUCACCUUUUUUCUUGCAUUUAUCAUAUCCUCAAAAACACCAAUUGCGUCAGUAUGCGUUACCUUAAGGUUAUUAAUUGUUAAGCUCGAUCUGUCAUUCUUAUCGAAAGAAAAUUUUAUUCAAAUUUGAAUGUGUUAUUAUGUGGCUACAUUAACGAGGUUGAAAUUUUUUGUUAAGGGCAUUCUUAGUGUUCAGACGUCUUGAUAUUCAACACUGUCUAGUUAGUGGACAAUUUCAAGAUUACCAAAGUACAGAAGAGGACAAGUUAGGUCGCUUAGCCAUGCGAUAAUUUAAGGAAGAAUGUGAACCACAUUCUGAACUAUUGGAGACCGAUCAGGUAACUUACCAAAGGCAAGAGCGUCUGCCUGUCAAAAGACGUCAACAGUUCUUUAAAGGAACAGUCUAUACAAUGGCAGAAGAAGCUAAAGACGCGUUUUCAACAUCCUACAGAAUAGCAGGAACUGGAGACUUUUAUUCAACGUUCGUCGCCAACUGCUUCUUCAACGUUUUCUUGCUUUUCACAGCCUUGGUUUUAAACAUCAUAACAAUGCGAGCCCUAAGAAAAAUAUCAUCGUUUCCAAAGCCUUUAAAAACAUUACUCCUAAGUCUCGCUGUUUCUGAUCUUGGUGUUGGUUUGCUUGUCCAUCCUGUCUAUAUUGCAGGUCUUAUAAUGACAAUAGAACAGAGCGCUAACAAAAGACUCCGUUAUACGGUAUACACAGCGCAGCGUCUUUUUGGCUUUUUACUGUGUACUGCUUCAUUCUUGGCCAUCAUUGCUUUAACUGUCGACAGAUUCUUCGCUAUUCAUCUUCAUCUCAGAUACAAGGAACUUGUGACUUACAAGCGUGUUGUUGCUGUAGUAAUUUCAUUUUGGGUCGUCUGUCCAUGUAUUUCCUUAUUUGCGUUGAACAGGAUUUUAGAAAAAGUUCUGGCCAUUAUAACUGCAACUAUUGGGGCAGUUUGUCUCAUUACAACUAGAUUAAUUUACUGCAAGAUAUACUCAAUCGUACGUCACCACACAAAUCAGAUUCACGCCUUGCAAUUGAAAACACGUAGCACAGAAUCAGAAUGGAGAAUUGGCAAAUGCUGCGAGACUGAAAAAAACUGCACUUGCUACAUUUUACGUUUAUUUGGUGUUUGUGGUUUGUUUUUUGCCCUACCUUUGCGUUAAACUGGCUUAUCAAAUUUAUGGUUAGUCUGAGUUGCGGUUGCAUCUGCUUUAUUAUUCAUCGACAUUUCUUUUACUUAAUUCAUCUCUCAAUCCUUUGGUCUACAGCUGGAAGUUGCGAAACAUUCGACAAGCUGUGAUCAGCGUACUUCGCAACACUUUUCAAGGUCAGUGAAACUCCAUUCGAAGAACUUCGCAGAUGAGACUAUUACCCUUUGUCCCCUAGAAAAAAAAUGGAAAUUUCAUAUUACUAACAUGAAUUUUAACUGACAGAUGAAUAAUGAAUAAUGAUUUGGAGGUAGGUAGCACAUUUACAUAGUGGUUCUUCGUCUACAAUUCCUGGUCGAGUUGGAAUUUAGAAACGAGUACUCCGAGAAAAACCUCUCGGAGCAAAGGAAAUAACAAUAACAAACUAACCCACAUUUGGCAUCGACGGCGGGAUUUGAACCUGGGUCACACUAAUGGAAGGCGAGUGCUCUCACCACUGCUUCACCCUAAGCUCCCUAAUCGUAUUAGUCGCUGAAUGAUCGUUCUUGUGCGGUUCACAAACACCCGUCAGAACAUUUCCGGGGCUAUUGUUCGAUCCUGGUCUUAGCAAUCAUGACGCCAACGCACCAACAUUAGAAGAUUUUCAGUCCUCUGGUUGACAUCAACCAGCACGGAUCAAAUAAAAAAGCGGCCUGAAGAAAGCUAAAAGCAACAAAAGUAGACGGCAUUGGCGCGUAUAUCGUCACCUACGAAACUGCGUGAAUUGUGCCAUUAAGGCUUACGAGCAAGUCCGGCAGUGCAUUCCACUGCUUAGCUGAAAAGUAAGAAAAGGAGUUAAGACAAUAGGUAGUUGUUUUAGGUUUACUUAGUGAAAGAAUGUAUUUGCCACGAAGAUCAUAGGAAGAGGACCGGAGUGAAAACAUAUUCUUCAUAUAAGUAGGGAAAUGAGUGAAAAACAAACUCUUAUAUAACAGAAUAAGGAAAUUUUGAAUGAGUUUGCGUUUGUUACACAACGAAGUAGAGCUGACUUUUGAGAGAAGAGUGUUGUAUAGAGACAAGUAAUCUCCAAGUAUAAAUCUAAGUAUUCUUUUAUGGCGCGUCAUUUCAAUCAUCGCUCAAAAUAAGCCGCAUGCUCAUCACAAGACUCAUUUUCAUACAAAUGAAAGUUUUCAACGCACGACCAGUUUAUAGCCUCACCAUCGAAGUUUUCACUGAAGUAUGCACUUGUUCCAAAGUUAUCAAUGCUUUCAAGCUAUCCGAUAGAAUUCGUGGACCGCCCCGUUCCGGAAAAGCUUGACAACUCUGCGUCAACCUUUCUUAAGCUUUCUUCACAAAAUAGAACAUGGUGCUGUGACACGUAGCAAUUCUUAUCCCCAGUUUCCACGAUGCAAUUGCAUCAAGUAUCACAGAAUGAGAAUGAAGAAAUGGCAAAUACUGCAAGGCUGAAAAGAAUUGAACUUGCUACAUUUUACUUGUAUGUCGUGUUUUUGGCUUGUGUUCUACCCCACCUUUGCGUCAGAACUGCUAUUCGAAUGCAUGGUGAGUCUGUCUUGCGGACGCAUCUGUUUCAUUAUUCAAUAACACUUGUGUUUCUAAAUUUAUCCCUCAAUCCUCUGAUCUACUGCUGGAAGAUGAGAAACAUUCGGCAAGCUGUGAUGAGUGUACUUCUUAAUAUCUUUCAAAGUCAGUAA